GAGCUUUCAAAUUUUUCUUAAUUUUGUGACUUGUGUCGAUAAAGCAGGUCUGCAAGUACCUGUUGACAGUUUUAUCUCUGCGGUUCUGUCGCUGAGCAGUUAAUAGUGAUUUAUGUUAUUAUGUUGUUUUGAUAACCACUGCACGUGCCGAAGUUUGCAUAAAAUAUCGGAAAAUGUGAGGGUUCCGCGUCCGAGACACUUCCGAAUCAUCAUGCCCAGAUAGUACAAGAUUCACGGGUGCACCUACACCUUCUGCGACUAACUGCUAGGAUUUUCAUGUCGAGAACUGCGAAUGAAUAAUUGCGAUCAUGGAGCUGCAUAAAAAAUUUAUAGAUCUGGCUGCUCCGGAUUCGCUGAUCUUGGAGAUUGUUGACAAAGUCAUAGCAUGCAAGGAUUCUCUGCACUCAGUGCUUCAGAAAUCAAUAAAGGAUCAGUUUAGCAAUUUACGAGAGUAUCACGCAAACAAAAAGAAACUUAAAGCUACGAGAUUACUGCUGUGCCAAUUGUACGAAUUGAAUUUCAAAACCGCAUUUGAAAGUAAAACUAUUGCUUAUUUUUCGGAAAAUCAUGUUAUUGAUCUUCUGGAGUGCAGUAAACUGUGCACUCUCAAAGAAUGUCAAACAGUUAUGAAUGAUAUUUUAGUUUUACAAUUAGUCCUAUUUGAAGACAGAUUGAACUUGAUUCAAUUAUUUGAAGACUUUAGAUCACAUUACAUACCUGACAAGUUACAAGGUACCUCUGAAACUUGUCCGAUAGGUUGGUACUUGAAUAUUUUAAGAUGUUUUUUACAAGCCUGGAAGAUUAUGAACUUUUUGAAUGAUCAAAAAGAAUCUGGAGCAUCGAAUAAAACACACUUAGAAGCAUGUAAAAAAGUAUUGCUGUCUUCAGUUAUGUACGAUCUUCAGUCAUGGAUUCAGUGUAAGGAAAAUAAUGAAUGGCAUGCCUUAUAUUCUAUUUUACUUGAAGUUAUUAAUAUAGCAAAAUCCACCAGGAUUUUGAGUCCGUACAUACAUGAAAUAAUGGACAAAGAUUUUGACUUGAAAAUUAUUUGUAUUAUCGGUGAAUUUGUAUUUCCUCUCAAUUCAUCUAAUGCUGAAAUUGAUUAUAGUCUAAUACAUCAUGAGAACUUGUGGACUACAAUUCAAAAUAGGAUGAUAUCUGAUGAUUCUUCAAGCAGAAAAGAGGCAUUAUACUUAUUCAAAAGACUUAUAGAGUUUAUAGACUUACAUGAAGAGGGUAUUAAAAGGGUAGUUUCUCUCAAUUUGAUACCUAACAAAAUAAACCCAUUCAUUUGUAAUAAAAGUGCUUCUUGUCACAAUGACAUAAAACAAAUUAGAACCAACUUUAUUUUACUUAUGGAGGCUCUAGAAGAAAAACAGAAACAUUUGGUCACACCAUGUUUGUCAUUACUAGACUCUUUGAUAGAAGGAUGUGUUGAGCAUAAAUCUUGUGGGGAUUGUUUCAAUUUCAGCUGGGUAUACUGUGUUUUUGCAAGAAUAUUAAACCAUGAUAACCAUUCAAUUGUCAAGUAUGGACUACUCAAGUCAUUGCAAUUGAAUGCUGAAGCCUAUGGUUACGAUGCUUUUAUUAUUCUAAUAAUCAACACUUUGAAUCAUACAUUUUUAUACGAAAAGCAUUGUGAAGAAUGUGAGCCUGAAAUUGUUACUACGUUGACUCAGUGGUUCAAUAUGUUUCAGAGCGAGGAAUUGCAUUUAAUUGAAAAAGUUGCAUAUUUGCUUCAUACCAUCUCUUGGGGUCCAGUCCCCAUUUUUUAUACCUUACAUGCAAUGUUGUCAACUUCAGAGCAUUUAAAUACUAUAGUAGGUUUGCAAGAUGAUCAUUUGGAAGUAAUAAGAUUAUUAAUAGAAACAAACAUAAAACAUCAUCCGCCCAUGUUGCGUUUAAUGUCUCAAGUAGCAUUAAUCAAAAUUGUAUCCAGAUUUUCAGAAAUCACAAAUUUAACAGUUUUUUGUAAUCUGUUGAAUAGUUUUUGUGAGAAAAAUAAUUUAGAACCAAGUUGUUGGGAAGCACUUAGAUCUUGGCUAAGUCAAAUGCCUUAUGAAAUUGUUUUAAAUUAUGUCAGUCAUACUGUUGAGAACCUUACAGUUGAUGAGAGAACUGUUAGAAUUUCAAUGUCAAUAUUUUCUCUCAUGAUUCAACUUUUAUAUGAGGGAGGAGUUGUUUUCCAAACAGAACAAUGUCUCGUUAAACAAGAGAUAGCAAAUCUUUUUUUGUUUCUUGAUAAAGUUGAUGUCAGACCAUAUGUUAAUAUUCCUCUAACAGUUAAAAUUAUUGAAUUUUUGUGCAAAUGGUUUGAUUGGGAUCAUGAACCACCUCAUUUUAUCCUUAGAAUUUUCGAUAACUAUAAGAGUACUAUAUUUAGAUUUAUUUUGAAGUUAUUGAAUAGCAAAACUCUUGAUUUUGAAGAUGUUGAAAUAUGUGUGCGAGCUCUCCAGGGUAUUAAAAUUCAUGUUGGAAGAAAAACUAAAACAGUUCCAAUUAUUGAUAACAUCAACAGUUUAGUUGAAAAAGCUAUGUAUAUACUAGAGAAUUCUAAUCAGUACAGUGCCAUUCAACUUUUGUUUGCCAUGAAAUCAUUGAACAUUAUACCAGGACACAGUGCCAACAAUAAUUGGUAUUUUUUCACUAUGAUUAGAAAUAUAUUAGAACUAUGUCAAAGUAAAAAGUAUAAUGCACAAAUAAAGGGUAAAAUAGGAUUAGAAUUUUACACUGCACUGAGCAAAUUAAUCAAAGAUCACAUAUUACGAUUAGACAGCACAGAAAGAAGGAAUGACCCUGGUUGGCUUGAAAUAAUCUCAUUAAUAAUUGAUGCCGCUGGGAAUUCAGUUCUAAUUCAUUUUGGAGAUGUUAUACACACGUAUACUUCAAAUUUAGCGACUGAUAAUAGAGACUUACAAGACUUUAAAUUUUUGGUAAAAAGUUUUUGGAGUUGCAAUUUUGGUAGUAAACGCGAAAAGAUGUUUUGGCUAGCUGCUCAAAACCUGACCUACUGCAUUAACAAUUCAGAUUCUAUAACUUGCAAGACUCUUCAAGAUAUUCCCCAAGAGUUUACUAAUCAAAUGCUGAUUGAAGGAGAUACAUUACCAGGCCUUAAAUAUAUCUUGUUGACAUGCAGUGAAAUAACACCGAAUUUUAAUUUUUUUAUGGAAACAAUUUUAAAUGGUCUCUUGCAUGGUGAAGUGAUGCGUCGCGAUCAAAGGGUUUACAUGCAAACUUUCAUGAAGGGUAACGAAGUUUUGAAUUUUUCUCUGUGCAAAAGGGAGGAGCAUUUUCUUGCCUACGAUUUUCUCAAUAGGAAUUGCAACAUUGAUGCUGCCAUACGCGCCGCAGCAGUAGUAGAGCUUAGCAAAGCUUUGCAAGUCAAGAGCCACAACUCUUUAUUGAUUCUUCCAUUGGUAUUAAAAAAGUUCUUGGCUGUAAAGAAUAAGAGAUACUUUGCUGAUUCUCAGCUUCAUAGACUGAAACAUCGGUUGAUGCAGAUUCUUUUGAUACUGCAACCGUAUUUAGAUAAGGAAUCCAUCCAACUUUUGUAUUACGCUUUACGCGAUUCAAUAAUGAAAGAUAGUGAUCAGCACAGUGUACGAAUGAUGAAGGAGUGGCUUCUGAUUAGAAUAUAUUUGACUGACAAGAGCUUAAUACCUGAUUUAUGGACAUUCUUCGAAAAGAUUUGCGAAGAACGACCAGGAAGUACGAGUUCAUUAAUCUGCGUCAUCUGGCAUAUAGCUAGACAAUUGCCUUUGGAAAGUUUAGAAUCGUACUUAAAAAUGGCAUUGCAAAAACUGAGUGUUUGCUGUAUGGGCCAACAAUUUGGAAUGCGAUUGUUUGGCCAAGUAUUUUUCUUGAAACUGUAUCAUUUAUUAGACAAACACAGCGAUGUUAGAUUGGAAUAUGCACCUUUCUAUAAAGCUAUUUCCGAGAGUUUAGAUAGCGGUACUUUUAAGAAAAACCCCAUCAAAAUAGACGAAGACUUUUUCUAUAAUGUAUUUGAUCCUGUUAGGCAUUACAGUCUAGAGACCAUUUACCAUCAACUACCAAGAUUGGCCAAUGUUAGCAUUGAGGAAUGGAUAAAAAGUGAUCAAUUUGAAACUCAAAUAGGUUUAAAGGGCUACACUCUUGAUAUAGAAGUAAAGAAUUCCGAUUCAUUAUUAAAUCAGUCAUCUGUUCCAUAUGCGAUUUUAAAAUCAAACGAUAAUCAAAAAUCAGAAGAAAUUGAGGUCACUGUUGGGCCUAACGAUAUGCAAAAGAAAGUAUCACUGUGGAAAACUAUUAUACCAAAUGAAGAAGUACCGGAUUUGAAAUACGAGCUAAAAGCAAAACGUGAUAUUAUAAUUAUUGCUUCCUUAGUUGAUAAACCCCAAAAUCUUGGAGGAAUUGCUAGAACGUGUGAAAUAUUUGGUGUAAAAGAAUUAGUUGUAUCUAAUUUUAAGCAAAUUGAGGAUAAAGAAUUUCAAGCCUUGAGUGUUUCUGCUGAUAAAUGGAUCAAAAUAACAGAGGUGAAGCCAUUUGUUCUGGAUAAAUAUUUGCUUGAACUUAAAGAGAAUGAUUGGAGCCUUAUUGGAGCUGAACAAACAACAAAUAGUAUCAAUUUGAUGGAUUUGAAGUUUCCCAAGAAAACAGUUCUCAUUUUAGGAAAUGAAAAAAACGGAAUUCCAGCAAAUAUUAUAUCGUUACUUGACAUUUGUGUUGAAAUACCACAGUUUGGAGUAAUACGUUCAUUAAAUGUUCAUGUUACAAGUGCAAUUUGUAUAUGGGAAUAUGUCAAACAGAGCUUAUCUGUUACAUGAAAAUUGCUGCUCUGUUUUGUAAUAUCAAAAUUUUUUCAAUACAUUUAAUUGUUUUUAUUAAAUUUUUGUAAAUCAA